UGUUUGCUUUUAUUUACCAAAUAAUACGUAAAUAAAAAAUAUUCACAAUACCAAAAGUCAUGGAAAAGGUCAAAUCAGCUUUGGGAAAGUUGGCCGAGCGCAAGGCCCGUUUACUGGAUUUGCAUAAACAACGGCAGGAAGCUCGCACACAAAACCACCAAGAAGUCGUAGCUGAAGAUGCGAGGAAAAAGUUGCCUAACAAUUGGGAGGCAAGAAAGCGCCAGGCAGAAUGGCUUUUGGCUGACGAUAAGGCACGCUCUGAAGCUGAAGCUGCUGGCAAGGACUACGACCGGCUAAAACUGCUUGAAGUAUCAGCCGUUGAUGCAGAACGAAUUGAGAAGAAGAAAAAACGCAAGGACAACCCAGAUCUGGGAUUCUCUACGUACGAGGCGCAGACGGCAAGACAAUACACACGCUUGGUUAAGAACAUGCCAGCGCGCGACAUGGCCAAGUACGAAAAACAAAAAGCCGAACUGGGAGAUGCUUUCUACGGUGGCCCACACACUACCUUGCAUGCUGUGACUAAAGACACUCCGAGUGCCAUCAACAACAUGGUUAAGGACCUGAAUCAGCAAAUUGAACGCAGAAAGAAGUACUCCAGAAGGCGCAUCUACAACGACGAUGCUGACGUUGACUUUAUCAAUGAGCGCAACUCCAAGUUCAACAAGAAACUGGAUCGCUUCUACAGCGAGCACACGGCUGAGAUCAAACAAAAUUUGGAACGCGGUACUGCAAUCUAAGUGGAAACUAGUGUGAAGCUUAAGUAUACAUUUUAACCAUUAAGUGUAAGAUCCUAAUAAAGAAUAAAUAAAGUAUUUGUAAUGUAACUGCCUACGCACA